ACCAACUCCCCUGCGAUGCUGAAGCAGAAGCAGAGGCGUCAUCACGCUCGCCCACUCGCCCACGUCUUCUCCCGCGCGCGCUCUCCUCCUCCUCGACUCGCGCUCGCGCUUAGCCUUAGCUCCUCUCCUCCUCGCCGCCGCCGCCUCCUCGGGGGUCAAACGCCUCAUCACCAACUGUUCGAUCGUGUCCCCCGCCUGCCUCCAUCGCUCGCCAUGUCCUCCGCCGCCGCCGAUCGGAGGCGGGCCGAGGCGGUCGCGUGGCUGCGCGCGCUGCUGCGGGGAUGCGGAGGAGGAGGAGGAGGGCAGCCGCUCCCGCCGCCGCACGCGUCGGAGGACGACCUCAGGGCGGCGCUCGCGGACGGGGCGCUGCUCUGCGCCGCGCUCCGCAGGCUCGGCUGCGACCCCGCCGCCGCCUCCGACGAGGGCACGGGCUCCGCGGCGGCGGCGGCGGCGGCGGCGGGGGAGGGCGAUGUCGGGAGAUUCCUCGCGGCCGCGGAGCGGAUGGGCCUCCCCGGCUUCUCCCCCUCCGACCUCGACACGGGCCCAGUAUCAUCCGUUGUUACCUGUCUUCUUGCACUAAGGGAUCAGUUUGUAUCCCAUGAUGUGGGAGGCUUGAGCUGUAGCCUUCCAGAAAAGGUCAUGAUGCAAAGCAUGGAAUUUCCCAGAAAGGAGAAUGAUCCGGGCACACAAAAUUCUGAAGGAAGACGAAAGAUCCCCAAAAAUCCCGCUAUGUCAGAACCAUCUUCUCCUUUAUCUCAGACCACAUUAUCUUCUAUAUCACGCCAUGCGGGACACAGUUUUCAUGAUGUCUUCCAACUCAGACAAGGACGCUAUUCUGAUCUGCCCAGUUCUAAAAUUUCUGAGAUGAUGAAAUCCACCAGCUUGGAUAAUGCCCCUACUCAGUCACUUUUGAGUGUUGUGAAUGUGAUCCUUGAUGAGCUUGUUGAGACGAAGAUUGGAGAAAUUCCUUAUCAUCUUGCUUGCCUGUUGAGAAAGGUCAUACUGGAGAUUGAGCGGCGUAUUUCUACUCAGGCAGAGCAUAUAAGAAAUCAAAAUAACCUUAUGAAAGCACGUGAAGAGAAAUACAAAUCAAGGAUAAGAGUGCUAGAGGCACUUGCAAGUGGAACAAGUGACCAAACACAUGUAAACUCAAAUGCAACAAAUGGAAAAGCACAUGUUUCUCCAGAUCAUGCAGUGCACCAGAUGAAGAUGGAGAAAGACAAAACUGAAGAUAAAAAACGAUUAGCCGAGAAAGAUGUAGUAUUGUUGGUGAAGGACAAGGAAGAAGAUGUAACUAGAUUAACAAAGGAUAAAGAAGACAUGGCAAAAUUGUUGAAGGACAAGGAAGAUAUAAUUAGAUUGAUGAAGGAGAAGGAAGAAAUGGUUUGGAUGAUGAGGGAGAAGGAAAACAUGGUUAGUUUAAAUAAUGGCAGGGUUGAAGAUAAACAUCAACUGACAGAUAAAGAUGUAGCUAAUUCAGCUAAGUACAGGAAUGAAAUCAUUAAGUUGAUGAAGGAGAAAGAAGAUAGUAAUGAUACAAUUAUGAAAUUAAAUAUAGAACUGGAAGCUAUGAAAUCCUCAUAUGAAGGAACCCGCAUUCUGUUAGAUUCUAAGAAGAAAGAGGUACUUCAGCUUUUGAUGGACAAGGAGAGCAUUGAAUAUAUAGUAUCACAACUUAAGCAAGAGCUUGCAAUAGAAAGAAGCUCACAUCAGACACAUAUUCAAGAAUUGGAGACUAGGGCUUUUCAGGCAAAUAAUAAAUUAGAACAAAGGAUAAAGGAAAUGGAGCUCAUGCUAGAAGACUCUAAAACAAGAGUAAGAGAUCUUGAGGAAUUGUUAGAAUCAAGAAGCCAAAUUUGGGAGCAAAAGGAAAUCAGGCUGAACCAAUUUAUUGGUCUACAAAUACAGAAUAUUCAGGAUUUGAGGUUGUCUUCUGUUUCCAUCAGGCAUGAAAUCCUACACUGCCAGAAAAGAUGGUCUGAAGAAAUUUGUGACCUCGGACAAAGCCUUAAGGUAUUGACAAAUGCUGCUGAAAAUUAUCAUGCUACUCUUGAAGAAAACAGAAAAUUAUUCAAUGAGGUUCAGGAGCUAAAAGGAAAUAUCAGAGUCCAUUGCCGGAUAAGGCCUUUUCUUCCUGGAGAGGAUCAGACAUCUACUACAAUUGAAUAUGUUGGUGAUAAUGGUGAACUAAUUUUAGCAAAUCCUGCAAAACGAGGAAAGGAAGGACAUAAGUUGUUCAAAUUCAACAAAGUUCUUGGCCCCUCUGCUAGUCAAGAUGAGGUAUUCAAGGAAAUUCAACCACUAAUUAGAUCAGUUCUUGAUGGCUAUAAUGUUUGUAUUUUUGCGUAUGGUCAAACUGGAUCAGGGAAAACAUACACAAUGACUGGACCUGAAAAUGCAACCGAGAAGGAUUGGGGUGUCAACUACAGAGCUCUGAAUGACCUAUUCCAUAUCUCACGGAGUAGAAGAGACACGGUGAUGUAUAAAGUUAGUGUUCAGAUGAUUGAAAUAUACAAUGAACAAAUCCAUGAUCUCCUCGGCAACAGUGGUUCAGAGAAGAAACUUGGGAUUUUGAAUGCCAGCCAACCCAAUGGGCUUGCUGUUCCUGAUGCAACAAUGCAUCCUGUCAACUCAAGUUCAGAUGUUAUUGAACUAAUGAGAACAGGACUUGAGAACAGAUCUGUAGGCGCGACAGCAUUGAAUGAAAGAAGCAGCAGGUCUCACAGUGUAGUUACUAUGCACAUUCAAGGUGUAGAUCUAAAAACCGGAGUUACUUUGCGUGGUGCGCUACAUCUUGUUGAUCUUGCUGGAAGUGAGAGGGUUGAUCGCUCUGCUGCUACAGGAGAUAGACUAAAGGAAGCACAACACAUCAACAAAUCUUUGUCUGCUCUCGGAGAUGUCAUAUUUUCUUUGUCACAAAAGAAUGCUCAUGUACCGUACCGGAACAGCAAGCUUACACAAGUCCUGCAAAAUUCUUUGGGUGGCAAUGCAAAGACGCUGAUGUUCGUGCAGGUCAAUCCAGAUGUCUCAUCUUAUGCAGAGACUUUAAGUACUUUGAAGUUUGCUGACAGAGUGUCUGGAGUGGAACUAGGUGCUGCAAAGGCAAAUAAAGAGGGAAAAGAUAUCAAAGAAUUCAAGGAGCAGCUCUCACUGCUGAAAGAUAAAAUUGCAAAGAAGGAUGAAGAAAUCAGCCGACUACAACUACAGAGUCAUAAUACUCCAAGGGCGACAGCUAAACGUGCCGAUUCAUUGUUAAAACAUUCGUCAUCCUCCCCAGGCAUAUCAUCACUAGGAAGCAAAAUCCAGCACCGAAGAACAGCAUCUGGUGGAAGGAUAAAGAUCGUUGGCAGUAGAGCAGGGUCGGAUGUUGACAACUUCUCUGACAUCAGUGACAGACAUUCUGAAGCUGGUUCCAUGCAAUCUGUCGAUGAUAUCCAGCAGUCAAGGGAGAUUAUGGGUCUCUCUAAGCUCUCCAUGAGUGAGAUGGGACAUAAUUCUGUUGACCCUGAGCUUCCUUGCUUUGGCUAUGAUGAUUCAGAGGGGAGGCUAAGCGACAUAUCGGACAGCGGUCUUUCCAUGGGUGCAGAAACUGAUUGUUCUAUGAGCAGUGUGGUUGAGCUUACCUCCUUGCCAGAUCAGGAUAGAGUCUCUGGCACUCAGAAAGAGCAACACAUGGCACCAAGCACUCCAAAAGAUCGGUUGCAUAAGGUGGCCACUCGAGCAUCGAGGACAACUACACCAAAAACACCACAAUCGCCUACCUUGUGGCCUAAACUAAGAGAUCCACCUCCUCCUAGAUCUCCAAUAUCUACAAGCACAGGAAAGGUCAGAGUAACACAGGCAACAUCUUCAUCAAGAAAUUCCAGUACUCAGAAAAGGUGGACGUAAAAGCUGUGCAUCCUUGACGAACAUCUUGCAACAUUGGUAUAACCUUUUUGUACAUUACAUCUAGAAAAGCAUUUGUUUUGUUAUUUAAUAGAUACUACUCAUUGAUUCUGCACUCUGGUUUUCUUUCACAAUUGAAGAACUGCAAAACCAGUUGGAAUAGAUUGUUCCCUGUAAAUGCUCUUGUACAUAUGCUAUGUUCACAAUACGAUAAACAUUUGAUGUGUUUAUUAUAAGCAAUGAAAAGACGGUGAGCUUAAGACAUGA